AUGCGUUCCACCGCCUUUGCUUUGGCCGCCGUCGCUGGUUUGGCUGCUGCCUCACCAAUGCCCCAAGACCUCGACUUCUCUCUCCUCGACGCCGCUCCUGAGGUCGCUAAUGGCCCUACCGGUGUCGUUGUUGUCGACGAGGCUUCCAUCGCCAGCACCGUUGCUGUCAGUACUGUCGCUACCGCUAGCUCUACAGCCACCAGCGCUGCCAAGCGUGACCUUGAGAAGCGUACUUUCGGUCUCUUCAACCCCUUCUACUUCUACAAGGGUCUCGAGUGUGAGAUCUUCCACAACUGCGGCAACAAGGGCAGCUCCCAGAAGGGCUGGGGUUGCGGUCAGCCUACUGAGACCAAGGCUACCUGGUCCCUGAUCACCACCCAGGCUCCUCCUACCAGCCUUCCCGCAUACAGCUACAGCACUGCCCCUGCAGGCUCUACCACUGUUGACGCUGUCACUGGAUCCUCUUCUGCUGCUGCCUCGACCUCCAGCUCGGCUGCCGCUACCGCCACUCAGGCUCCUUCAUCCACCGUCGACGGAUCCGCCCCAUGCCCUACAACCCCCGAGGAGGGCACUUACUGUGGCUUCAUCAACCCAGAGGACGCGUGUGCUCCCCAGCCUGCAAGUUUUCUCCCUUAA